AAAAAUAAAAAUGUUGAUCAUCACAAAUCUUACACAACACUCUUUAUCUUUAUUCAAACUCUCUUCUUCUCUUUCAAUUUUCUUCCUUUACUUCUUCUACACUUUCUUACUUCUUAAUAAUAAUCAUAUUGUUAAAGCUCACAUUUUUAUCUAUGCAGGUUGUUCACAAGACAAAUAUCAACCAAAUUCUCCUUUUGUUCAAAGUUUAAAUUCUCUACUCUCCUCAUUAGUUUCUUCUUCUUCACAAUCUCUUUACAAUAGUUAUGCUUUUGGAAAUGACACUUCAGCCCCUCAAGAAUCGUCUAUUUAUGGUUUGUAUCAAUGUAACGGUGACCUACAAUUAAAAGACUGUUCAACAUGUGUGGCAAGUGCUGUUGGACAAAUGAACGUAGUUUGUCCAUACAAUUUUGGUGCUAUUUUGCAGUUAGAUGAUUGUUAUGUGAGAUAUGAACAUGACGAUUUUAUUGGAAAACCGGACACGAGUUUAAGGUAUAACAAGUGUAGCAAGAAUCAACUACGAGGAGACGGUGAGUUCAUUAGGCGUAGGGAUGAAGUUCUAGCGGGAUUAAUGCAAGGUGGUGGUGGGGUGAAGGGUUCUAAGGUUAGCGGGUCGGGUUCAAUAGAAGGAUUUGCACAGUGUUUGGGUGAUUUGAUUCCUGAAGAUUGUUCUGCUUGUAUUUCUGAGGCUGUUUUGAAGUUGAAGGACAUGUGUGGUGAUGCUGCUGCUGCUGAUGUUUAUUUGGCUCAGUGUUAUGCUAGAUAUUGGGGUUCGGGUUAUUAUCACUCUUCCGAUCGAUCCAACGACGAUGACGUAGGGAAAACAGUGGCAAUAAUCGUUGGAGUAUUAGCUGGCGUUGCUGUUUUCAUCGUUCUCCUCUCAGUUUGCCGCAAAUCUAUGGGGUAAAAAGAGAAAAGAGAAGCUUAAGCAUGGUCAACGAAGUGAAAGGUCGACUUCUGUGGGUUUAUUUGUUAGAAAGCAAUUAUGAGUUCCACUUUUAUUUUGUUUUUGCUAAUUUAUUAAAUGCAAAUUGUUAGGUGUAUGGACUUCUAUUUUUGUUUAUUAGAAGCUAUCAUCAUGAGUUCCACUUACUUUUAUUAAUUUAUAUUAGACACAAAA